GUCAAAGCUAGAUUGCAUAUUUAUUUUGAAGAGAAAGAUGAGAUAGAUUCCUUGUCAGACAUCCCAACUUACUGGCAUUUAUAUUUCCUGUGGCUGCAGCUUCCCUCGGCAUAAUGGCAUUCUGCAGCUGCAAUCACUAAGAGGAUAAUGCUAAGAGAACAAAGUCAUCAUAAUAUGAGGAGGCUUUGAUGGACACGAGGAAGGCAGAACUAAGAAGCAGAGAUGUGCAUGUGGCUGUGAUUCUUCUGCGUGUCAAAGAUACAGCCUUGUGUGUAUCACAGCCAAAGCAGUAGAGAACAAACCUCUCCAUGUCUCUUCUUAAGAACCUUCGCCUGUGACCUGUAGACUCUUGUCACCACAUACCGGCAGCAUCUGCAGAGCCAAUGGCCAUCUCCUCAUCAUUCCAUCACAAGAUGGCAAACAAGGAGCAGAUUUUUUGUGUAUAGUCUUCUGCUUCAAAUGGAUGCAUUACAACCUCAGAGUCCACAAGGAAUUGGAUCGGGAAAGGCAGCCAUCGGCUUGUCCGGUGAAAGAGUUCUUGGGGGAAAGCCGGACAAGAUCAAUGGCCAGAUCUUCCCACAAGAGGAUUUGUCUGGGAAAACAAGGGAACUCCACCAAGCCAAAGCAGACAUUAGCAGACUAAAUGAGACCAAGAAUUCUGCACAAAGGGAGAGGGAAAGGGCAGAAUCUGAAUUAUCUCAAGCGAGACUUAUGGCGAAAGAAUUGGCUUCCAGGAUCGAGGAGUCCAAUGCAAGGGCACGAGCUCCAAGAUCCGAGCUCCAACCAAUGAGGAAGAUGGAGAAAAGCCAAGAGGAUCUCGAGUAUGACUCGGUGUUGCAGGAGCUGGAUAAAGCGAAGAAGGAGCUGAGCAGACUGAAGCUCAAUGUGGCCUCUGCCAUGGAGGCGAAGACAAAAGCAGAGAAGGAAUCCGAAGCCUGUAGCUCGAAAGCAAUGGCUUAUUCACGCUCCGUGGCGGAGCUGAAGAAGAAGGUAGAUGAGGCCGACGAAGAGCAUGUGCUGGUGGAGCUCGCUCGCAUGGAAGCAGAAAGAGAAUUCCGAGAUACAGAAGCCCGGAGGGCGGGCGAGGCUGAUCAGUUUGCUAGGAGCAUCGAGAUUGCCAAGAAGAGAAUUAAGGAACUCCAAAGAGAACUCAAUCGCUCGAAAGAUCUCGAAAUGAAGCUUAGGAUAACCAAUUCAGACGUGAAUGCGUUGCAGGGUGAGAUGGAAUUAGUUCGAGCGAUGGAGAGAAGCUAUCAGACAGAUCUUGCAAGCAAAGCUAACAAGAAAAGAGAAGAAGAUUCUGAUGCAAAAACUGCACUGGAAUCAGCAGAAGCUGAAUUAAAAGCAGCCAAACAGGAGUUGGCUACAAUCAAGGAAGAAAGCUUUCAGUUCAUGAUCUCAAUGGAUCACAUCAGAGAAGAACUGAUGCGCACUGCCGCAGAGACCAGUGGGCUGAAGAAGUUAGAAAAGAGAGCUGAAACCAACAUCCAACACCUCAAUUCUAAGCUGUUAAAAGCCAAAUCCAAGCUCGAAGCUGCAACAGUUGCCGAGGAAAGGGCUAAAGCAAUUGUUUCCAACCUAUCAGCUGCCCUCCAACAAAUGAAAACAGAAAUAGAGACUACAAAGAAGGAGAAACAGCUGAUUGAUGAAGAGACUAAAAGUAUCAGGGAUGAAAUCGACAUGACAGACUCGGGAAUUAGAUCAGCCGAGGAAAGAUUAUAUACUUCCAUGGAAGAGCUUGAAGCAGCCAAAGCAUCAGAAGCUAUGGCACUCAGGAAGUUGAGUAAUGUAGCCCAUAGGACCAUGAGGAAUAGAGCCUUAUCAAUACCACAUAGCUCCACUGUGACCAUCUCAAGAAGUGAGUUUGAGUAUUUGGGUCAGCAAGCAGCUGCAGCUCAAGUGGUUGCAACAAAAAAGGUGGAGGCUGCUCAGGCAUGGGUUGAAGCAUUAGCAGCUGAAGAGAAGGAGAUACUGAUAAAGGCCGAGUUCAUUGAAAAGGAGAUCAAAAGGUCCAGAACAGGGGAAGUGAUGGAGCUCCACAAGACACAGAAAUCAUCAGCUGUGGAAGAAGAGCCAAAUGAACUGGGACACAGUGAAGAAGAAGAGGAGAGUGCUGUGCCUGCCAAACCAAGAAAAUCCACUAGAGAAAAUGGGAUGGCAGCAUCAUCAAGAAGAAUCACAGUCAGAAGGCUUUCAACCUCAUCUGCAACCCGAAAUGCUCGCUCCCCAUCGUUUACCAUCAAGAAGAGAAAGAAGGUAAUGCCCAAUCUACUCAAGUUUCUUGGUGACAGGAGAAACAGGAAGCAGAAGGUAUAGUUGUGCAGUGUGUGAAGAAAGCAUGUUGGUAAAAUAAGAAGAACCAUAUGUAAUUGUUUCUGUUGUUUUGCAUUUUGACUUUUUGUUUUCUUCUUGUCAAACUCCAUAAGUGCCAAAUCUUGGAGAACAUAUUAUUGACUACAGAAAGAGGAAUGCCUAAACCAUGUUGUUGUUA